UCUGCAGCUAUGCUUUCUCUUCUAAAAGCGCCCUUCCAAAGGAAAAACAGAUAGAAGGAUCGAUAGGAAAGCGAAAAGCUCUUAGAAAACCGCUUUCCAACGUCCGCAAACCGGAAUCCGCCUCCCUCCGGUGUUUUUCAAAACCGAUUUCGACUCGGGAUUUCCAGAGCCAUCGACAUGGCUUUCGGAGAGCUACUCGGCAUCGAACCUCAAGAACUCAAAUUUCCUUUUGAACUGAAUAAGCAGAUUUCAUGUCCUCUUCAGUUAUCAAAUAAGACAGAUAACUAUGUGGCUUUCAAGGUCAAGACGACGAAUCCGAAGAAGUAUUGUGUCCGACCCAACGCCGGAAUCGUCAUGCCUCAGUCUACAUGUGAUGUUACUGUUGUGAUGCAAGGGCAACGAGAGGCGCCCCCUGACAUGCGAUGCAAAGACAAGUUUCUCCUUCAGAGUGUUGUUGCAAAUCCAGGCAUGAUUGCAAAGGACAUUACACCAGAAAUGUUUAACAAGGAGUCAGGGAAUCUUGUUGAGGAGUGCAAAUUAAGAGUCGUUUACGUUGCUCCACUACAACUGCCCUCACCAGUUAUGGAAGGAUCCGAUGAAGAUUCAUCACCACCUAGGGCUUCUUCAUUGGAUAACAGGAAUUCAAAUGCUUUGGAUUUUUCUCAUGUUUCACUUGAGCCUCAAGACAAAUCUUCAGAGGUGAAGGCUGUGAUUUCAAGCCUUACAGAUGAGAAAAAUUCUGCCAUUCGAGUGAAUAAUAAACUUUGUCAGGAACUGGAACUUUUGAGGCGAGAAGGCAAUAAGAGACGUGGCGGUUUCUCCUUCCUGUAUGUGAUGCUUAUUGGCUUGGUAGGCUUCCUCUUCGGGUAUCUUUUCAGGACAUGAAUCGCCAGUUUGGAUGUUUUCCUACUUGUUUUUUUUUCCGUUCUCUAAUCACUCCCACACCAAGAAAGAAGAAAAUGAUGAUCAUGGUUAUUUGUUGUGUUGGGAGUCUUUGCACAGAUAGAGAAGACAUUUCAAGGGGUUUGAGACUUUGUAAUUGUUAAGCAAAAAGCUUGUAUGUGUAAUGCCUGCUUUGUCAAGGGCCCAUUCUAGUAACUUUGUUCCCACUUUUUUC